GGAGGGAAGUUCGUAAAAGGAUUAUCCCUCUCCCACUAAAAGAAUCUUCUGUAAACAACAUAUUGUUCUUCUCGGUUUGACAGACGAUAAUUUCCUGCGACGUUUAUUCGAACGCAGUUGGCUAUUCUCUUGGAAUUAUUCUCAGCUAGUUUUUAAUAGAUAUUAAGCUGGAAAAUAGAAAAUUGAUAAUUAUGGAGAUUUAGAAUGCGAGAUGUGAAAGUUUUUCUAAGAAAGGUGUAUUGAAAAAGGAUAUUAUGCUGAAUAUGUGUUUUCUAUGUACUAAAGACUUCAAAUGAUAUAAUUUAGUGUGAAAAACGGAUCUAAAAAAAAGUUCCAAAUGCUUUAAAGAAGAUUUAAAAUUUUAUUGUUGACUUUUUAAACCUAUGAAAAAUAACUAAUAACGUUAAGGUGUUUCGAAAAAAUGAAUAUGAAUUCUUCAAUUUGAUGCUUUGACGACAAUAUUUAAAAACUAUUAUUUGUGAAUAAUUAUGUGAUGUGAUGCCGCUUUAUUAAAUUAUAGAUAAAGCAACAGAGUUUAAAUUUAAUAAUUAACAGACAUUAAAGUUAGAAGUGAAUCAGUUAUGAUCGGUUACUUAAAAAUAAUAUACUGUAUAUUUACAUAAAUUAGUGAAUUUUAUCAAAAUCGUUUGCAAAAUAUAAGCUGGUGAUAGAGUCAUAAAUUAUCAUCACCUUAAUUGCAUCACAAUCCAAUUUAAGUAAAGAUUUUAUUCGGAAAAAAAAAAUAAGCUGCUUCUUUAGAGCAUAAUUACCAAGAUGUGUUGUUACUGGAAUAAUAUUUUUGUGUUUGUAAAGUAUUCUACUAUGAUAAAACGUGUUUGUAUCUAAUGCUAUGACUACGAUGGACGAUACUACGACUCCACUGAUGAGGAUGGAAAGUAAUUGGACACUUACAAACAUCACUGUUGGCAACUUAACGGUGCGUUCCACUCGACACGUCUCGAUUCUCGGUCAAGUCCUCAUCACAUUCUUUUACUGUUUUGGUAUCAGUGCCAACGUGAGUGCUCUGGUAUUGCUAGCCAAAGGAGAGACCGCUCGCAACCGAAAACAAACUCUGAUGGUCAGAUGCCUGGCCUACAAUGACCUGGUGGCCCUAUUGGGGUCUUUUCUUCUCAUGUAUAUGCAGCUGUAUAUGAGCGAGCCCCUCGUGGACAGUCGGUGGUUCUGCGCUCUGAGGGUUGUUCUCAGAACAUUUGGAUUGUCCUCGGGAUGUGUUGCUAUUGUCAUGGCCGCUGAGAGGUGGAUGGCCCUCACUAGACCCUUCCUCUACCAGAAGCACGUCACCCACAAACUCAUCAAGCGAGCCAUCUUCUCUUUGUGGAUGAUCGCCCUUUUUCUGGUCUGCUUGCCGUUUACCGGAUUCGGGAUCUACUACGAAGAAGCGAUCCCUGGAAGCGGGAUUUUUCGGUGCACUCGUUACCGGAGCGCCCGGGAGCCCACAGACGUCGCCUACGCUUUCCUUAUGUUCGCUUUUGGAUGUCUUCUUUGUCUGGUCAUCGUAUGUUGCAACUUGGCCGUCGUACAGGCGCUCUGCCGUAUGGGCAAGAAGAGUCUGGCUCAUUGCGGCAGGACAACAGUGAGGAAGGACAGUAGGGAGUUGUCCUACAACCACACCACGCCUGAGGAAUUGUCUUUUGCAAAGCUGAUGGUCAUUCUUUGCAUCUUCUUCGUUGCCUGCUGGGUACCACAAAUGAUCACUAUCCUGAUGGCUCAGUUCUCAAUGACUGAGAACCCAGCAAGAUCUCAUCCUUUCUACAGAAUUGCGGAUAUCUGCAUGGCCCUGAAUUUCACAUUAGAUCCUGUGGUCUACGUCCUGUCCAGGCGCCCCCACCGACGAGGGUUGCGAAAACUUCUCAAGCCCAUCUGCCAGUCCUGCUGGCCCCAGGAACCUCGAACCCCUUCGAUGAAAUCGUCUCAAGGUACGCCCCAACCUCUCUGGAAAGGGAGCAAAAUUACAAAGGAUGCAACUCAAAACAGCACUAGUAACAGUUCCCAGAAAGACUGCAUCAUUCUCGAGCAAAUGAACAAGAUGAAUCCUAAACUUCGAAUCAUAUUCGCUACGGGGACUCAAAAGAAGACAGCAGGUAGUCAGCAGUCAUCCAUUAAAGAAGAAUCAUCUCAGUGAAAAGCACUGUGAAAAACUGAUCUAAAGCAAGUAUUCAAACUGUUGUUGCAACAACUCACAUUCAUGAAAAACAAAUGACUUGAUAUUGAAAUGUUCGAAGGGCGCUGCUUAUGUAGAAUACAGAGAAUUGACAGCAUUGAAAAAUCAAACUUUUGUAAUUGAAAAUAUUCUAAGUGUAUAUCGAUGUUUGGUGUAUGUAAUCCAUGUUUCCCAUUAUUUAUUUCUGGAUGUGAAAAAUGCUACGAGAACUUUUCAUUCUAAGAAUUUUAUUAUAUUUAAAAUAUAUACAGCACAGUAUUUUUUUUCAUUUCAAAGAUUAAUUUGAGAAUCCAUUAAGCUAAAAAAAAUGCAGCAGCUUCUAGCAGCUUUCAGUACAGAAGCUCUUAUCUUUAUUGUAAAAUAAUCGUUUGUAUAAACUUAAAAAAGCAGGUGCUUUAAAUCUAACGAUAUCUUUAAGAAAAUGUCUCAGAGCACAUACUUUGAUAAAGUGAAAAAUAAAUUUAUAAAAAAUUUUUAUUUUGUUUUAAAAAAAUGAAAAACAGCAAGAAAUUUCAUAUAAUUGAAACAAAAUGGAAAUUGAACCGCUGUUGGACAAAUCAAACUAAAAUUACCCAAUUCCCCAAAAGCGUAGAACGUUCAUAAAAUAAUAUAUUACAUAUUAUUCCCUCAGCCAUUUAGAUGAAAGAAAAAACUUAACAAAAGUUAUAACUAAAAAAGCAAAAUUUGUUUCAUUUUAAAAAUUAUCUUGCUCGUUCAAAAUUUGUUUGAAUUUUUGAAAAUUUAUACCCAUCUAUCCAAAAAAAAAAUGUGUAUAUACACAUUUUGAAUGCUUUUGGAUAGAGAAUUAGAAACAAACAUCGAAAUUUCAUAAUUCAGAUUAAUUAAACCAAAUGUGGUAUCUUGUAAAUAGUCAAAAGAGAUCUGAAUACCGAUGUUCUUUUUCAAACUUAAUGAUAACGUUAAUCGAUGAAAAUUAAAAUGUAUAUCAAUUGGUAAUUAGCCUCAACUCUGUCAAUAGCCUCGAUCAACUCGAAAUAAUUCUUGAGCUAUAAACACCGUGUUUUAUGUAUACCUCAAAAAAGAAAUUUAUAGGGUAGAAGAUAGUGCAAAAGCGAAAGCUCUGCAACCAUGUUUUAGCAUAAUUUCCCCCUAGAAGUGUUUGUACCAGAAUUCUAUCUUGCCUUUAAUUAAUUAAUAUCUGAAUUGAGAUUAAAUAAUAGUUUCGGUUACAGUUAAUUAUUGUUUUAAUUAAUAUAAGCUAUGGAAUAAAGAAAAAAAAAUCUAAAUGUUAAAAAAUUAUUUCAAUAAACAUCUGAAUUUUAAAUUUAAUGCAUUUUUAUUCUGAGCAGCAUGAUUUUUCAUUUCAAAAUAUAUUUGACAAUUCUAUCAUCUGAACAAUGAUUUUCUUCUGACAAAAUAUUAUACAGAAGCUUUUACCUUCAUCGCAAAAUAAUCGUCUGCAUCAGCUUAAUGUUUAAAAAAAGAGAGAGAAAAAAUAUUUAUCUAAAAUCAAACGAUAUUUUUAAAAAAAUUCUUUUUCGAAAUUAAAUUAAAUUACUUAAAUAUUAAUUAUAAAAGUGAUUUAAAUAUAAAUUUACCAUUUGUUUUAAAAUCAAUUCUAAAAAGUUAAUUAUUUUGCUAAUUUCAUCGAUAUUCUUUUUUGUUUGUUUGUUUUUGUUGUCUAUCAUUUGUCAUUAA